AUAGUUUUGGGGGUGUAGCGAGCGUGUGUUUAUUACGCAGUCUUCGGUGAAGGCCGGCGGCAAACAUGGCUGCACCGAUAGAAAUCCCGCUGAGGGAUACGGACGAGGUGAUAGAACUCGAUCCGGAACAGCUUCCGGAAGGUGAGGAAGUACUUGGCAUCCUGCGACAGGAACGGUCGCACCUCAAUACGUGGGUUACGGUUGCGUUGGCGUACUACAAGCAGAAGAAAACAGAUGAUUUCAUCAAAAUCCUGGAAGCGUCCCGUGUGGAUGCUAACAUCCACUAUCGUGACUUUGAGAAGGAUCAGAUGCGUGCGUACGAUAUGCUGGCCGCUUAUUACGUGCAGGAAGCGAAUCGUGAAAAGUCAAAAGAUAAAAAGCGCGACCUUUUCACGAAAGCGACGCAUCUGUAUACGACCGCGGACAAGAUCAUCAUGUACGAUCAGAACCAUUUGCUCGGCCGUGCCUACUUCUGUCUGCUGGAAGGUGACAAGAUGGACCAGGCCGAUGCACAGUUUAAUUUCGUGUUGAAUCAAUCGCCCUCGAACAUUCCCUCACUGCUCGGUAAGGCUUGCAUUGCGUUCAACAAGAAGGAUUACCGGGGAGCGCUAGCGUUCUACAAGAAAGCGCUCCGUACGAACCCAAACUGUCCGGCAGCGGUACGGCUCGGCAUGGGGCAUUGCUUUCUGAAGCUGAGCAAUCCGGAAAAGGCCAAGCUAGCGUUUCAACGGGCGCUCGAUCUUGAGCCGCAGUGUGUUGGUGCGUUGGUUGGUUUGGCCAUUUUGAAGCUGAAUCUACACGAACCCGAAUCGAACCGGAUGGGUGUGCAGAUGUUGUCGAAAGCGUACACGAUCGAUUCAACCAAUCCGAUGGUGUUGAACCAUCUGGCGAACCAUUUCUUCUUCAAGAAGGAUUACCAAAAGGUGCAGCACUUGGCACUGCACGCGUUUCACAACACGGAAAAUGAAGCGAUGCGUGCGGAGAGUUGCUAUCAGCUGGCACGAGCGUUUCACGUGCAGCGAGAUUACGAUCAGGCCUUCCAGUACUACUAUCAAUCGACACAGUUUGCUCCGGUGAACUUUGUGCUGCCACACUUUGGCUUGGGCCAGAUGUAUAUUUAUCGAGGCGAUUCGGAAAAUGCCGCUCAAUGCUUCGAGAAGGUGCUGAAAGCACAACCGGGCAACUACGAAACGAUGAAGAUUUUAGGCUCGCUGUACGCGACCUCUUCCUCGCAAUCAAAGCGUGAUAUUGCGAAAAAUCACCUGAAGAAAGUAACGGAACAGUUCCCGGAUGAUGUAGAAGCGUGGAUCGAGCUGGCUCAAAUUCUCGAGCAGAAUGAUUUGGCUGGUUCGUUGCAAGCGUACGGUACCGCUACCAGCAUUCUGACGGAAAAGGUAAAUGCAGACAUACCGCCCGAGAUACUGAAUAAUGUGGCUGCGCUGCACUAUCGAUUGGGCAAUCUGGACGAAGCAAUGUCGAAGCUGGAGCAAGCGAUCGAACGUGCCAAGAUUGAGGCGCAACAUGAUGCCCAAUAUUACGAUUCCAUCUCCGUGUCGAUGACGUACAAUUUGGCCCGGCUGUACGAAGCGAUGGCCGUGUUCGAUAAGGCGGACAAGCUGUACAAAGACAUCCUGAAGGAGCACCCGAACUAUAUCGACUGCUAUCUGCGGCUCGGGUGUAUGGCACGUGACAAGGGGUUGAUUUUCGUUGCGUCCGAUUUCUUCAAAGACGCGCUCAAGAUUAACAUGGAAAAUCCGGACACCCGUUCGCUGCUGGGAAAUCUCCAUUUGGCCAAAAUGCAGUGGACACUUGGGCAGAAGAAUUUUGAAACGAUUCUUAAAAAUCCGGCCACUUCGAGUGAUGCGUACUCGCUCAUUGCGCUGGGCAACUUUUGGCUGCAGAGCUUGCACCAACCGAACCGUGACAAGGAGAAGGAGAAAAAGCAUCAGGAAAAGGCGCUUGCCAUUUACAAGCAGGUGCUGCGGAACGAUCCGAAGAACAUUUGGGCAGCGAACGGGAUUGGAGCGGUGUUGGCGCACAAGGGUUGCAUCAUUGAGGCGCGGGACAUCUUCGCGCAGGUGCGUGAAGCGACGGCCGACUUUUGUGACGUUUGGAUCAACAUCGCACACAUCUACGUGGAGCAGAAGCAGUACAUCAGUGCGAUCCAGAUGUACGAGAACUGUUUGAAGAAAUUCUACCGCCACAACAACGUCGAGGUGAUGCAGUAUCUGGCCCGUGCGUACUUCCGUGCCGGGAAGCUGAAGGAAGCAAAGAUGACGCUGCUGAAGGCACGCCGGGUUGCUCCACAGGAUACGGUUCUCCUGUUCAACAUUGCGCUUGUGCUGCAGCGACUGGCGACGUACGUGUUGCGUGACGAAAAAUCCGUCCUGAGCGUAGUGUUGCAGGCGGUGCACGAGCUCGGACUGGCACACAAGUACUUUACCUAUCUGUCCGUGCACGGGGACAAAACGCGGUACAAUAUUGCGCUGGCCGAAACGGAAGCGAAUCAGUGUCAGGAUUUGUUGCAGCAGGCGCAGUACCACGUGUCCCGGGCGCGUAAAAUCGACGAGGAGGAGCGUUCGUUGCGCCAGAAGCAGGAACUCGAGCGGGAAGAAUUCAAACGGCGCCAGGCGGACGAACGCCGUCGGAUGGAGGAGAUGCGCCGGAAGGCGCACGAGGAAAUGCUGCUCAAGCGCCAAGAGUAUAAGGAAAAGACGAAGAACGCACUGUUCUUUGCAGAACCAGCGCCGGAAGCGAAGAAGAAGGGUGGCCGCGGGCGGAAGGAUUACAUUUCCGAUUCGGAUGUGAGCGGGGGUGAGGUUGGGAUGGCUGGUAGUGGUGGUGAGGAGGGUGCCGGGGCACCGAAGGAACGCAAGCGAAAGGGUGAGAAGAAGCCACGCAAAUCGCAAGGUGGAGCGGGUGGUAGUCGCAAGCGGAAGGAGAAAGCCCGCAGAGGAAGUGGCGGUGAUUCGGACAGUGAGGAUGAGGAGGAAGGAGGAUCGCGUAAGCGCAAGAAGAAGGCAGCUGGAUCGGGUGGACAGAAGAAGCGCCAGAAGGCGAUGGACGAGGGACUGUCGCAGAAGCAGAAGGGACGCAUCCUGUCGAAGGCGACGGUGUCGACAAGCGAGUCUUCUGAUAGUGAUGAUAGUCGGCUGAAGAUCGCGAGUGGCGAUGAAUCGGGUGGUGGGGGAGAGGGAGGUGCACCGGUUACGAAACGUAAGCGUAGGAUUGCGUCAGAUGAUGAGGAUUCGAGUGGAUCGCAGCGUAGGUCGCGUUCACGGUCACGUUCUGGAUCAGGAUCGCGCUCGAGGUCUGGUUCGCGGUCCAGAUCCAGAUCGCGCUCUCGGUCAGGCUCGGGAAGUCGUGCCGGAAGUGCUAAAAGUGUUUCUCGUAGUCGUAGCCGAUCGCGCAGUCGUUCGGGAAGUGGCCGUGGUUCACGCUCGAGAAGUCGUUCGGGUUCGGGUAGUCGUAGUCGGUCGGGUAGCCGCUCUCGUAGCCGUAGCCAUAGUGCUGGAAGUCGUAAGAGUGGUGGCAGUGGUCGUAGCCGCAGCCGUAGUCGAAGCCAUAGCGGCAGUCAGGGAAGUCGCCGGUCACGGUCUGGAUCACGAUCGCGAUCACGGUCCCGGUCUGGCUCGGGCAGCAGACAAGCAUCGCCGAUCUCACGGAAAUCGGUGUCGGGUUCGGAAUCGGAAUAAAGUGUA